AUACCAAUGGAGAAAAACUUCAAGAAUAAUACGACUCAUGUCGUUAUUUCAUUUCAAAUUAAAAAUAAAAGAAAACAAACUUUAAUUGAUUGCGUGCCUAUUAAUUGGAUUUUCAUGACAAAAAAUAGAAAAUUUACAUAUUAUCCUCCAGAAAAUGAACAUUCCAAUGUACAAGAAAUGUCCAAAAAUUCUGAACAGCCUUUAAAUCACUGGAAAUAUUUUGAAAUUGAUACAUUAAAAGAAGCAGAUUCUUAUGAUCAAGGAAUACGUCGAAUGGAAAGGGCAUUUUAUUACAAAAAUAUUGAAACAAUCAACAUUGAAGACAAAAAUAGUUCAGAAGAAGAAAACCAACGUAUAAUACUAUUAUCAGAGAAUAACAUUAAAAACUCCCUUAUGAACAUUCCUCAGAUAAGUUAUACUCCAACAAAUACAAAAGGCAAAGAUGAUACAAAGAAAGUCUCAAAUCAGAAAAUAGUUGAUAACGCAAUCCCUUCAACUUCUGGUAUAAAUAAACAAAAAUCAACAGCAAGAACUGUACAAAUUUCUAAUCGCUUGAAUUCACCAGUUUCAAUCAUUUCGGAAAGAUCGAAUUCAGAAAGUACAAAUUACAGUCAAUUAAGUAUUAAUCACUCAUCUCCAAAUAUAAGGGGAAAAAAUUCACAAAAUCGUUAUCAGUUAAGUGAUAGUUCUUCAGGAUCCUCUAUAACAAAAAGAAAAAAAGCAACAGGAAUAUUAAAGAAGAAUAAAAAUAUUCGUGAUCAGUUAAAUGACAAUUCAUCAGUAUCCUCAGUAUUGAACAAGAACAAACAAAUUUCUAAGGAAAAAUCACCAAAAAAUAUGCAAAAAGAUUCGCCAAAUUCUUCGAAGUCUAGGAAACGAAAAUUUCAUGAUCAGUUAAGUGAAAGUUCGUCAGAAUCCCCCCCCCAAAAGAAAAAAGACAAAAAAAAUCACAUAAGCAAAAAUAUUCUUCAAGCUAUGCAAAUACAAGGAAGGAAAAAUUUUUACGAGCAACGCUGUCAAAUCAAUGUUGCCCAACUUGUGGACGAAGCGGUAAUAAUGAUGACGUAAUUGCUAACAUAAGAUCUGCGAGACGAAGUAUUGAAUUUAAGUUAGAGGUAGAAUCAAAAAGAACCAGAGAUUAUAUAUUAAGAUGCAAUGGAAUCACAAAUAUCGAAGAAUUAAUCGAAUCGAAUUAAUCUAAUCUUCAACACAAUU